AUGGCGACCAUUCCUCACCCCGAAGCCGUGCAAGUCAAGGACGAAGCCGAUGUCCUCAAAUUCGCCCAGGUCAUUGCCGCGGCUUUCUCCAAUGACGCUCUCAACCGAUACAUCUAUCUAGGCCGCGAGUCGAGGCCCGAUCAUCCCGGGUUGGCGCAACCGGAACUUCGUGUCCAGUAUUGGCUGCCGCUUAUUAGAAGUCGUUUGGAGGCUGGCGGUAUCCUGCUGCAGAUAUAUGACUGGUCAGCAGUUGCUUUGUGGCUCCCUCCUGGAUUGAAAAAGCCCGACAGCAAUGAUCCUAUUCCCGAAGGCGCUCUCGAGUAUAGAGAGAAGUUCGAAGCAGUCAAGAAGAAGCACCUGGGUGACCGGCCCUACUGGUAUCUGAACCUCAUCGGCCGGGCACCGGGCCGGUCAGAGAAAGGAGCGAUCCGAAACCUCGUCGAGCCGUUCCUGAAGAAAGCUCGAGAGGACAACCUCCCGGUGUGGCUGGAGGCGACCAACACGCAUGCCAGGGAUGUCUAUGCACACCUGGGAUUCCGGGUGGUAGAGGAAGUCUGGAUCGGAAAGGGGGUUGUCAAUUCUGAAGGAUGGGCAGAGCCUGGCGGAGAGGGUGUCCUCAACUGGGGUAUGGCCGCCAACCUAUAG